CAAAUAAAAAAAAAAAAAAAAACAAAGCAAUGUUCUCCCUUUCACGUUCAUCCAUUCUCAACCCCAUUUCUCUAUCUCCUUCAAUAAUCUUCCAUAACCAAAGUCAUCUCUUCAAUGGCAAUCCUCUUUCCAUGACAUCCCCUACAAAACAACUCCUUCUCACCAAAAAUCAAAAACCCAAUUCCAGCAUUUCAAAAAACCCAGUUACAGAACAACAAAAUAAAGAAGAUGAAGAACAAUUCCAAGUAUUAACAGCAACUAGUAGUGAAUAUAACAACAUAGUAAUAUUAGAAUCCCGAAACUCAAAAGUUCUACUCUUAGAUGACAGUGGAAAUGUUCAUAGUAUUCUAUAUAAAGAUCAAAAAUGGACUAAUUCAUAUUGGGAUGAAUUUUCAAGCUUUCCCGCAAUAAUUCCUCAAGGCCCAGUUGCCAUUUUUGGGUUAGGGGGAGGAACAGUCGCUCAUCAACUACUAGAGUUUUGGCCUUGCUUAAACAUUGAUGGGUGGGAAUUGGAUGAAAUUUUGAUUGAUCAAGCAAGAGUGUUCUUUGGAUUAUCUGAAUUAGAAUCUCGAAACAAGGAUUCUUGUUCUGGUGAUGGAUUUCUUAGGGUUUGUAUAGGAGAUGCACUUGAUACUUCAUCUAGAGCUAAUGUUAAUGGUGGGUAUGCUGGGAUUAUAGUUGAUUUGUUCUCUAAUGCGGAGGUUUUGCCCCAAUUGGAAGUAGCUCAAACUUGGGUGGAGAUGAAGGAGAAGUUAAUGGUUAAUGGGAGGAUAAUGGUGAAUUGUGGUGGUGCAAAAGGGAGUGAUAAUGGUAUGGGUGAAAGAGGGUGGGAGGUGAAUUUAACUAUUAAGGCAUUGUGUGAAGCAUUUGGUGGGCAGUUUGUGAAUUGGAAGAAGAUGCCUGAGAAUGAGAGUGGAAAUUAUAUGGCAUUUACUGGAACUUUGCCUGAUUUUGAUUCCUGGUCUGCUUCUGUACCAGAGAAACUUGGUUCUUCUGUCAAGCUAUGGAGACCUUGUCAAUUGCUUAAGCCUACUCCUGAUGAGAGUUCCUCGAUCAGUUGAUAAGGACCUCCUCACAGGAGGCGAAGGAGACCUUGGAUUUCCAGGCUUUGCAAGCAUUUCUUCUGCUAUGAAGGGCAUCUUCGACGUAUCAGAUUCCUUA